CAGUUCCCGCGCCGGGUGGUCGCCACCGCUUCUUUGGUCUACAGAGAGCCUCGCUGGAGCGUUGUGCAUCUACCCGGACGCGAGCCCGCUCUCCUGACUUCCCUUUUUGUCCCCAACAGCAUGGCAUUUACUUCAUAAAACAUUGAGAGGGAUUUGUCAAAAUUCGAGUGUGCCCAUUGAAGUAAAUUACUUACGUGAAUGUCAUCUGCCAGAAGAAAAAGAUUGAGAACCUUUCAUUUGGUGGAAAGACCCUUGGUAGAAGCUGCAAAAUGGCUGAUAAUUUGGAUGAAUUUAUUGAAGAAAGAAAAGCCAAGUUGGCCAAAGACAAAGCUGAAUUGGAAAGUGAUCCACCGUACAUGGAAAUGAAGGGAAAGGCAUCAGAGAAACUUUCUGAAAAUAGUAAAAUAUUAAUCUCCAUGGCUAAGGAAAACAUACCGCCCAACAGUCAACAGACCAGAAGUUCCUUAGGAAUUGAUUAUGGAUUAAGUUUACCACUUGGGGAAGACUAUGAACGGAAGAAACAUAAAUUAAAAGAAGAACUGCGGCAAGAUUAUAGACGCUAUCUUACUCAGGGAAUUACACAAGCAAAAAGAAAGAAAAAUUUUCUAUCUACGGGUGAAACAGAUCCAUCUACUCUGGGAGUUUCUCUUCCUAUUGGUGAGAGGUUAUCUGCUAAGGAAAGAUUGAAACUUGAACGCAACAAAGAAUACAAUCAAUUUCUCAGGGAUAAGGAAGAAUCCAUUGAAAAGUUCAAACAGUUAGAAAAGAAUACUGAGCCUAAGAAUCAAAGAAAUAAAAAUUCUACUAGUCAAGUUAAACCUGAUUUACCUCCACAAAUACAAAUAUCUAGCACAAAUUCAGAGGGUCCUAAGAGAGAGAAUUUAACUUCAGAGGCAUAUGAAGAGCUUCUAAACCAGAGACGACUAGAGGAAGACAGAUACCGACAAUUAGACGAUGAAAUUGAAUUAAGGAAUAGAAGAAUUAUUAAAAAAACUACUGAUGAAGUGGACAUUUCUAAUACAAAACAUCAAAGGUUUGCUAGCAAGACUGGCAUUCCAGAAAGAAGAUUUCGCAGGUUUAAUGAGGAUUGUGUUUUUGAUAGACAUUAUCACAUACCAGACCAAGAUCCUGAAAUAAGUGAAGAAAUGGACGAGAGGUUUAGAUAUGAAAGUGAUUUUGAUAGAAGACCUUUGAGAGUGUAUACAAAUAACAGGAUGCAUGGGAACAGAGGAGGGAACCUGCCUUCUAUGGAGAAUGAUGGUGAUAUCACAGAACAAUCAAAUAAACGAAUUUCAUCUGCUGGAAGUAAAAGUGCUCGAGAUAAUGAACCAUCCAAAUCUGCUAAUCGAGAUAUCUGUAGUCCUUUUGCAGGAAUGCUUUUUGGAGGUGAAGAUCGGGAAGUUAUUCAGAGGAGGAAAGAAAAAUAUAGACAAGAACUAUUGGAACAAAUGGCUGAGCAACAGAAGAACAAGAGACGAGAAAAAGAUUUAGAACUCAGAGUUGCAGCUUCUGGAGUACAAGACCCUGAGAAAUUGCCUGAUAGGCUAAAGCACUUUAGUACGGCACCAAGACACCGUGAAGAGAUGAUUCCACCUGAAAGACCCAGAGUAGCUUUCCAGACACCUCUCCCUCCUUUAUCUGCCCCGUCUGCCCAACCCAUUCCUUCAGUUUACUCCGUCCCUUCUCAGAAUGAAGAGUUGCACAAUGGACUCAACAGUACUCUUGGUGAAAUGGUGCCUCCCAGGGUUGCACCUCUACCUCCACCUCCCAUACUUCCACCUCUAGUUACCAACUAUCGAACUCCUUAUGAUGAUGCAUACUAUUUUUAUGGUGCCAGAAACACUUUGGAUCCCAAUCUUGCUUAUUAUGGUUCAGGAAUGAUGGGAGUACAGCCUGCAGCUUACAUUAGGACUCCUAUCACCCAACAACUAGCACAACCUAUUAUCAAUACAGUUGGACAGAAUGAACUGAAAAUUACAAAUGAUCGAACAGUAAAUUCAGGAUUGGUCUUUGAAGAUAAACCAAAGCCUUCUAAACAAUCACUUCAGUCUUAUCAAGAAGCUUUGCAGCAGCAGAUUCGGGAGCGAGAAGAAAGGAGGAGAAGAGAACGUGAAGAAAAAGAAGAAUAUGAAGCUAAAUUGGAAGCUGAAAUGAGAAUUUACAAUCCUUGGGGGAAAGGUGGAGGUGGUGCUCCUCUCAGGGAUGCAAAAGGAAACCUGAUAACUGAUUUGAAUAGGAUGCACAGACAAAAUAUAGAUGCCUACCAUAACCCAGACGCAAGGACAUAUGAAGAUAAAAGGGCUGUUGUAUCUCUAGACCAAAAUUUAGCCACUUCAAAUGCUGAGAACAUAGAAGAUUCUGGAAAUAAAAACUCAGGUCAUAUGCAAACACAGAGCUCUCCUUUUGCUCGGGGAAAUAUAUUUUGUGAACCUCCAACUGAUCUUCAGAUUAAACAGCAAGAAUUAUACAAGAAUUUUCUUCGUUUUCAGAUUGAAGAAAAGAAACAAAGAGAGGAAGCUGAGCGAGAAAGACUGAAAAUUGCAGAAGAAAAAGAAGAAAAACGGCUAGCAGAACAGAGAGCACGAAUUCAGCAAGAGUAUGAAGAGGAACAGGAAAAGAAAAGGGAGAAAGAGGAGGAGCAAAGGUUAAAAAAUGAGGAGCUCAUUCGGUUAGCUGAAGAAAGACGAAAAGAAGCAGAAAGAAAAAAGAAGGAAGAAGAGGAAAGACAUAACUUACAACUUCAGCACUACUAUGAAAGAGAAAAUAUGAUUGGAGAAGAAACAAAGCGCUUAAGACAGCCUUCUCCUAUAGUUCCUGCUCUUCAGAACAAAAUUACAAGCAAACUCCAACGACCUCCUUCAGUUGACAGCAUCAUAAGUUCCUUUAUUCAUGAAAGUUCCAUGUCCAGGGCACAGUCUCCUCCAGUACCUGCCAGGAAAAAUCAGCUCCGUGCAGAAGAGGAGAAAAAAAAUGUAAUUAUGGAAUUAUCAGAAAUGAGAAAACAGCUUCGUAGUGAAGAGAGGCGUUUACAAGGGCAGUUGCUACACAUGGACAGUGAUGAUGAAAUUCAUAUAAGGAAAAGGAAUCCCAUGGAUAUAUUUGAUAUGGCUAGACAUCGGGUACAAGCUCCUGUCAGAAGACAGUCACCUAAGGGCUUAGAUGCUGCCACUUUUCAGAAUAUUCAUGAUUUUAAUGAGCUGAAAGACAGAGAUUCAGAAACACGAGUUGAUCUGAAACUUUUGUACCCGGAUUCUCCAAGAGAUCGUCAUACCUUAGAGAUUCAGCAGCAAGCCCUGAUAAGAGAGCAGCAGAGACGGCUGAAUAGAAUAAAAAUGCAGGAAGGUGCUGAAGCUGACUUAAACUCCAUCCCCAGUGCCAAAGUACAAGAGCACAGAAUGCUCAGAGAUGACACUGAUGAUUUUUUGAAAAAUUCAUUAUUGGAAUCUGAUAGUGCUUUUAUUGGUGCUUAUGGUGAGACUUACCCUGCUAUUGAAGAUGAUGUUCUCCGUCCACCAACACAGCUGCCCUCUGCAAGGGAGCGCAGGAGGAACAAAUUGAAAGGACUGGACUUUGAUAACAAUCCUAAUAUACCACCAGAUGGUCUCUCUUUAAAAUCUGUCUCCAGUAUUAAUGUUGAUCAGCUUAGAAUGAGAAAUGAGGAACGAAUGCGAAGACUAAAUGAACUUCAGAAUAAAAAUAAUAAUGCAGAUGAUGACAGUUCAAUAGUGGACCCUGAUGACAUCAUGAGACACAUGGGUGAUGAUGGAUCAAACUCUGUAGCCACUGAGCCCUGGCUCCGCCCUGGCACUUCAGAAACACUGAAACACUUCAUGGCAGAACAGCUGAACCAGGAGCAGCAACAGGUUCCUGGAAAACCAGGCACUUUUACUUGGCAGGGCCUGUCUACUGCACACGGUUAAAAUAAAUGUGUAUUGAACCCUGUAGUGCCUUUUAAGGUGGAAAGAAUGUUAAAUCUAUACCUUUAAUAAUGUGUCCUGAGAGUUAAUUACUUAAGGUCCAUCUGUAUUAUUUUUCCAUGUGAUGUAUGUGAUGUAUAUUAUGUACAUAAAUAAAAGGCCAUGAUUGGUUUAUAUGAUAGAAUUGUAUAGAAUUAUUUUGCUCAAUUUUUCCAUAAAAUCAGGGUGGUAAUGAACUCUUGGAUUCAACUACCAUAUGUGCAUUAUUUUAAAAAAUUCUGCUUGUCUUUAAGGCAGAUAAAAUGUGUACUGUAAAAUCAGAAUAUCCUGUUACUUGCACAUUUGCCAUUGUUAUCUAUUUAAAAUAACACAUCUGUGACUAUUCUGGUUAAUAUAAAAGACAAACAUGCAAGUUAUUUUUAUGUCAACUACUGACUCAGUAGAAAUUAAGGAAACUAAUUAUUUUACUUCUGUGAGCCAUGCACUAAAUGUUAUGUCUUUCUGCCUCUCUUAUGCCAGUGCUUAAAAAGGGUACUGUCUCAAGUUACUAAUUUAUAUGAUUCAACUAUUUCUUGACAGAAAUAAAUUAUUUUUCUUACCUCUCUGUUUCUUAUUUUAACGGGAAUUGAGGUUUGUUUCUAGAGGCUGGAGAGGUAGGAAUACCAAAGGUGAAGUGAAGGACAAAGACUUCAGUUGAAGUUUUGCUCCACCAC